AUGUCGAUAUCCUACAACUCGGAUUCGGCAGACCUCGAACUCGAUGUUCCGCACAUCGAAGAUGAGCUUCAGCCCUCGGGGUCUAUUUCACCUACUGAAGGCCCGAAAGCGUAUCUGGAACUUCCAGACGUGAAAUUCCGCAUUGAGGAUCUCCCCUUCGAUGGCGAAGGUCUCUUCCACUCUACCACUGAUGAAGCCUUAAAGGCUGUUGAUGAUAGUCGGAAGCAGGCACAGAACCUCAGUGUCUCGGCAUCGGCACCUCGAUGCCAGUUCUGUUCGUGGAAACUAUAUUAUGCCAGACGUGCCAUCGAGGUCGUCCCGGAAGCGCAACAAACUCUAGGCUUCUACUCCAAGUAUUUCCUCGAUUCCCAGUCCCUGGACGGCUGUAUCCAGAGCACACUCUCGGCGCUCUACCCUCCCUUCGAGGUCACAGCGGCUACGGUGCUGUGUCAGGUCUUUGAUGUGGUGGAGAAGACCUACCGAGGGGACGGCCUGCGCUACCUCAUCGACUUCCUGAUUCCGACCAAGCACAUCUUGCAGUGUGUCCAGCAGGAUGCCUGUGUACAGUAUUGUGGUUUCUUGUUCCGGCAUGAGGGCUGGCCCCUGUGCAUCCACGAGAAGAUCGUAGUCCAGCUCGCCUCCCUUGACUGGCGGACCUUGAAGCCGGGCGACUUUUACCUCCAGGUGGUGCCUUACCUGAAAAAGUCCCCACGAAUCAUCGUCAAGUGCUUGGCUAAGGACAGGCAUAAUGUGGAGGAACUCGUGGUCCCCGAAGUCUCCUACACCUCCAUCUUCACCAUAGAAUGGCUGGACUGCAUCAACAGAGAGCGGAUGGGAGCUGCUCUAGAAAACUGCUUACUAGCCACAGAUGAUAAAAUAUUCCGAGUGCCCUGGGAAAAAAUAGUCAAUCCAGAAUUUAUUGACAAACCGAAAGCUAUGGAAAGUGACUUACACUCUGACCCAGUGACCGAAGGUUGCCCUGCUCUCAGCUUUUCCGAGGAGUUGCUCCAAAGCAUCUCUCCUGAGAUGGCACCCCAGACUUCUCAUGGGUCACAUUUACUCGGAAGCAACUCGGUCACGACUGCAACAGCAGAGGAAAAGACAGCUGGCAACAGUGAACGUGGGAGCCUCGUGCUCGACGAGGACUCCGAAAGCGACCUGGAAGGAGAAUAUGUGGAACUUGCUGCUGUUUCCCUGCCUCGAUUGGGGCCCCCAAUGGGUUCCUUGACCCAAUCAAUCUCUCUCAGUUAUUGCACUAAGCCCCAGCCAAGAGCAAAGAGCCAAUCAGCAGCCCAUCAGGUCAGCAGCAAUCGCUUACAGAAUGGGGUAUGUUUAGCACUUACGUUGAUGCCGCACAGCCAGUUGGAUGCAACAAGGACUCCUGACACCCAGGUGGGCGAUGCUGGGAUUUGUUUGGAGAACUGUCCUGCCACUGGAAGUGAACCCUUGCUACUGAAAAUUGCAGAGGGACCCGAGAGGAAUCCAACCUCUGGGUUUCCCGGUGUUGCCUCUGCAGUCACUGGCACUCAGGAACCUUCCCAAGGGAAGCGACAAGCUCCCCCAGAGCACGAGCUUGACUGGAGAUAUGCCAUGUGCAGCUACACAGAUGACGAGGACCCUGAAUGGAAGCCUCCGACUGCAGGAGAGACCCUUGAAAGAACAGACAUGGCUUGGGGGAACACGGCAGGGGAGGACAAUGGUGGAGGGGAGUCCAAGCGCUACCUUGGGGUGUCUGGCACAGAGGUGACCCUGGGAGGAAGCAGGGAGGGCAGCGUGCUUGCUGGGGAGAAUCAACCUGCAGGACAAUCGAGGCUGUGCUGCCGUUGCAAGGAUGACUCCGGCAGCCCCCAGCCCAGGGUGCUAGAAAAUGCUUUUCUCCAGCCUGUAACAAACCUGUUACCACCGGGGCCUGUCUCUGACGCGAAGGCAGCAGACAGUCCCCCCUUGCAGGAACCAUCAUCUGGGGUCAAUCGUUCUGAACGGCUGGUGAGGGUCCCUCUUCCUGACAGUCAGGCGGAAGAAAUGAGCCCACAGCAAAUAGUUCCAUUAUCAAAGCUGGGCAGGGGCGGUGGUGGGGAGGGAGAGCCCCAAGGGAUGGCUCAUCGGGGUCUUGUGGAACAGGAGAAGCAGAACGGUUGCGGAGACUGCGCGUCUUUCGAAGGGCAGACAGGGAGGUGUCUGUUCUCAGAAGGAGGGCAGGAGGAUGUGCGUGCUCCUCAACAGCAAGCAGAGGAUGCUUUGCAACUUAGCCUGACUGUAGCAACACCGGGAAGGCCAGUAGCUCAGCAGCAGGAGAACAGCAGCAGUCCUCCAGCAGAGACUGAUGUGCACACCCAUGGCUUCCCAGCCACUGUUAACAAGGAAGGGCCUGAAACAUGUUGGAUGGACCGUCUGAGCGGGCGAAACCCCCUGCUGUCGGAAACCUCCAGGGAAGUCUGUGAGUUGGAAGGUUUGACAGGCCAGAGAGAGGAAAGCGGUGAAAAUGGUUCAGGAAGAGAAGAGCCAUGCAGGUGGACCCUCCCAGAAGCUGGGUGUCAGUCUGCCCCCCUCGAAACUCCUGAACAGCUGGAUCCCAUUGAGCCUGAUGCUGAGGACACCACAUCAUCCCUCUCAGCAUCAGUGGCAGAUGAGUCCCCAGGCAGCACCAGGCAUGGAAGCUCAGGUGUGGUGAACCAGGAUGCCGCUUCCAAGGCGUUGCUUGUCAGAGAGACUUCAUUCAAAUGGGCAGAACAAAUCAAUGGAUCAGGUGGAAACACUGGCCUGGGGUCCAUGAAUCCCAGCUGCACCUGGGAAGAAGGUGCCAUGAAGGCCCCAUCCUUUCCAUCCGGCAGGAAUCUGGAAACGGCCCCCAUGACCGUGAAGGAUGUGAAUCUGGAGGUGCUGCAGAGUGGAGUCGCCUGCCUGCCAGGCACAAGAGACAAGUCCGGGCACGCUGUGAUCAUAAUCACAAUGAGGAAUACAGUUUGGCUGAACCCACACUGCAAUGCCAGUGAGCUGACACGCCUCCUCCUGUAUUUGCGCAGCACUCUCAGGCCUGAGUGCCAGAGUCUGGGCCUAACCAUUCUGGUUGAUGCUCGGCGAUGUUCUCCGGUACCAGCCCUCUUUAAAGCCUUGGCUGUACUGCAGGAUGCUGUCCCUCACUGCAUCCACACUGUCCUUUUGCUCGUUGAGAAAGACGUCACCUUCCGGACAGAGAGACCAGCUUCUCUGCAGGUGGAGCUUCUGACCUCCAUGAAAUCCCUCCACAAGCACAUUGACAGCGCAAAGCUGCCCCUGGAAUUUGACGGAGCCCUUCCUUAUUGCCACCAGGACUGGCUCCGCUUUCGCAUGCGUCUGGAGCAUCUGCUGCAAGGGUGCCAAGGCGCAUCCACUUUCCUUGCGGGGGCCCUGCAGGCCGUGGAGUCCAGUGGAUUACCAGACAAAGCGGAGGAGGCGGAUGCUUUGUUAAAGCACUACAGGCAGUUAAUGAAGACGGUUCUUGAGGACUCGCGGCUGGUCCGAUUGCAGCUGGAGGGUGGGGCGCUGCUGGCCCGCUUGAGGAAGGAGGAGUCCUGUGUUACUCUGACCGAGGACUACAGAGAUGCGCUGGAGGCAGCCAUUGCACUUUACAACCAGGUGGACGAAGGGAUCCACCAGCUGGUGAAGAUUUCCAACAAGCGAAUCCAGGCCCUGGAGCUGGUGAUGGACUUUGAGGCCUUUGAAGAGUGCUUCCGAGAGGUCAGCAGCUGGAUUGAGAAUGUUGGCCAGAGGCGGCUGGCAGAGCUGAGCGAGAUGGAUGAUUCUUUGGAGGUCCUGCUUCGAGCACAGAAGCAGUGCCAGGAUUUUGAGCUGGUUGCUAAUGAAUACUGCCAAAGGGGACGGGAAGCUCUGCAGAAGAUGGGCAGGUGGGAAGACUUUUCUUUGACCGAGCUGCAUGCAGCGUAUGGAGUCAAACUGCAGAUGUGGAGGAACCAGCUACAGGGAUUCUGCAGCCAACUGGAGGCCAGCAGGAGCCGGAUCGACCAGACCGCCAAACUCUAUGAAUUCUUUGACCAGGCAUACGAGUGGGCACUGGAAGGGAUGCGACAGCUCGCCAGCAUCAGCAUGGAGGACUGCAGCUCCCGGGAGCACUGCUCAGCAGCCCUCAGAUGCCUGGAGAGCUACAAGGAGCAGCACCCAGAGCUGGGCAAGGCCAGGUUCCAGGAGGCAAAGGAGCUGGCGUGUCAGCUGCGGAGCAGCAAUGGCCUGAAGCAGUGGCAGUUUGCGUGGUCCAAGUGCCAGGAGACCAAGCUGGCCUUCGAGAUGAAGCUCGAGGCUGCCCUGAGGACCAAGAGGUCUCUGUGUCCAGAGGGAGAGUGGGGCUUGCCCGGCCAGGAGGGCAGGCUGCCCUCGGAGGGGGCCGCUUGGGGGCUGGUCGCUGGCGUGGCUUCAAGUGUGCCUCACUGCCAGGGGAGGCCCAGGCAGCCUUCUGGGGGGGACAAGGAGAAUCCCGCAGGCCAGCGAGAGGGUGUUGGAGCUGGGGAGCGGAUUGUACUGCAAACCGCCACUCCUGAGGCUCCAAGGCCACCCCACUGCACAUGGGAUGAGAAGUCGGCCCUCGAGAGCAUUGUGGAAGCCCUGGGCGCCUCGCCUUCCUGCCCUUCCACCCCAGCCUCCAGGCAGCCGUUUCCCAAAAGAAUCCUGAGGAAGGCCCAGAGUUUCGACCUGGCCUGCGCCGAGAGCCUACGCUCCAGCUGCCAGCGGGCUCUGAGUGAGCCGGCCCGCUACGGCAACACGGGGGUCUUCAUCAGAGGGCUGGAAGUCAGCAGCACCGAGCUGGUGGACUGGCCUGGUGCAGCCCGGCAGCACCUCGGCCCAGCCAACUGGACUGCAGGCUGCGAGCAAGAGGAGCAGAGGAGCAGUGCGUCUGUGCCAGAGGCCAACAAGAGCUGGGGCAGCAAACUGCGGCACAUCAUCGACGAGAUGGUGACAACGGAGCAGGAGUAUGUCCGGUCCCUGCGCUACAUCAUUGAGAGCUACUUCCCCGAGAUGGAGCGUGUGGACCUGCCUCAGGACCUGAGGGGGAAGCGAAGCGUCAUCUUUGGGAACCUGGAGAAGCUCUAUGACUUCCACAGCCAGUACUUCCUGCGGGAGCUGGAGAGCUGCUGCAACCACCCUCUGCGCGUCAGCCACUGCUUCCUGAGACAUAAAGACCAGUUUGGAAUGUACGCACUGUACAGCAAAAACAAGCCCAAGUCCGACGCACUCCUGGCGAGCCGCGGAAACACUUUCUUCAAGUUCAAGCAGAUGCAGCUUGGGGACAAGAUGGACCUGGCUUCUUACCUCCUGAAGCCAAUCCAGCGCAGAAGCAUGUAUGCCCUCCUGCUGAAGGACCUCAUUAAGCAGUGUGGGGAGGCGCAGGAACAGGAGUUGGUCUACCUGCGGGCUGCCGAGGAGAUGGUGCGCUUCCAGCUGCGGCACGGCAAUGACCUCUUGGCUAUGGACGCCAUUCGAAACUGCGACGUGAACCUCAAGGAGCAGGGGCAGCUGGUGCGCCAGGAUGAGUUCAGUGUCAACCUGGGGCGCAGGAAGUGCCAACGCCAUGUCUUCCUCUUUGAGGACCUGAUCCUCUUCAGCAAGCCCAAGAGGAUCGAGGGAGGACUCGACGUCUACAUCUACAAGCGCUCCUUCAAGACAGCAGACAUUGGGCUGACGGAGAACUCUGGUGAAAGCGGCCUGCGCUUUGAGAUCUGGUUUAGGCGACGGAAAUCGAGUGACACGUACAUCCUGCAGGCCAGCAGCCCAGAGACCAAGCAGUCCUGGACCAGUGACAUCACCAAGAUCCUGUGGGAACAGGCAACCCGCAAUAAAGAAAUCCGCAUGCAGGAGAUGGUGUCCAUGGGUGUGGGCAACAAACCUUUCCUGGACAUCAAGCCGAGCGAAGCUGCCAUCCACGACCGUGCCAUCGAUUACAUUAUGAAAGGCAGGGGAGCAAGGACCCGGGCUUCCAUCGCCGUGUCGCUGUUUGACCACACCAAUCCCUACAAGCGAUCACCAGCCCCUCUGCCUGCCGGUGGCCCUUCUUCCUGCUCAGUGCUCGGGCCCCUCAACCUGCACAUGUACCUGGAUCAGGCCCUGCUGCCAAGCAUGCUGAGUGCCAGCCGGCCCUUCGACGCUGAUGCUUGCAUUGAGGAGGACGAGAUGGAGAAUGAGACCAGCAGCCAGCCUUCAAUGACAACAGAGAGCUCCGAGUCCUCCCACUACAUGUCUGGCAGUGGCUCCAGCAGUUCGGACAGCGGCUGUGUCUCUGGCAUUCCUCGGGACAGUUUCUGUGAAGACCCGGGUUCUCCGCUUUCCAUUCCCACAGGUUCUUCCUUGGCCUCCCCCCUGGAGGAGAAAAGCUGUUUCCCCAAAAGCCAGUAUGUUUCAGCGGUUUGAAUGCCAGUUUCCGUUGACGUUUUGGAGGAGCCCGGAAGAAGGAACUUCCCUACAGUGCUCCGGAGGCCACAACAGUAGCUAGGGAGAUCAGUGUCUCUACAGGCCCACAACUGACCAGACAUGACAAAGACCCCCUUUUUAGAGUAGUGCCACCCAAUACAGUUGAAGAGUGGGCCAAGACUGCCACCUCAGGGGACAGACCUGGCUUGUUCCACGGAGUCUACUGCAGUCAGAUCCGAGCCACCGUGUUUCCUUCUGUUAGCGCAUCAGAAAGCAAUAUGGCGGCUGGACCUGGGGAACUGGAAGCAGCAGUAAGCAACAGCGAAAUGGGGGUGGUGGUGGGAGGGGUCAGGGGUUCCGUGGCAGAACACAGAGGACUGGUGGGCCAGGGGUGAUCCUGUUUAGAUGAAUGGCCAACAAUCUGCACCAACGGACUGGAGAGAUCAGAGGCAUCAAGAAACUGUUUACUACUCGUUUUUGUUUUCAGUUGACCGGAGUUUUGUUCUGCAACCUGCACAUUUCUAACCCUUUUUUUCAAAGGGUAGAAGGAAGCAAAGUUAUUUAUUGGGGGGGGGAUGCCCUCUCUUGGGGUGAACCUUCUUAUCCAGGCCUGUUCUCUUUGUUUAAUUUUGCCUGGUGCUGAGAUAAUUUAUUGCCUUUUCUUCCUAUGAAUUCAUAUGCAAAAUCCCCAGGAGCCUCAGUGCCAAGUUGUGCUCUUCAUGUAGUUGCCCCCAAAAUAGCACUCUGUCUCUGAUGGGCAGAAAAGGGUUUCCAUCAGUGAGAAGCUCAACCAGCUACUUGGGCGGCAGCAGAGAGCUGGAGAAGCACUCGAGGGGGUAGGGCCCAAGACUGGCCUGAUCUAUAUUGACAGCAGAAUAAGACAGGAGUGUCCUUUGGGGGCAUGAAGACUGCCCUAGAGACUCUAGGGGAGGGACCAUGUUUUUCAGGGUUUUUUUCUCAUUUAACAACAACCUCGACGCAAAAAGAAAACAUGCCUAGCAAAGAGCAAGCUGGGCUAACACCUAUCUCCAUGAUUUGCUAGUUUUCAGCUUGCAAGGCAUUCCUCCCCCCAACCCAAGGAGGGAAACCAUUCAGGACUGUCAUUUCCUCACCUGCAUUUGGGAGUUGCUCAAACCACUCCGGCACCUUCCUUUGGCUGCUCCUGUGCUGGAGGUGUCUGUUCAUCAUCGUUGUCCUGUGCAGUCCCACAUGGGAACUGCACAGGCGCACAGGCCAACCACCAGAAGAUUUCUUAGCUAGCCUUCUGAGAGAGCAGGAGGAGCCAACUGGAGCCGUUGGAGCCGUUUUCCUGCCCAGCGGUCACGUGCUGCAGGGAUGGUCUCUGCACUCUCCCUCAGUUCUCCAACUCUGGCUCUCAGUCACCAAGAGAGUAACACAAAGGCUCUGGGUGGGAGGAUGAAGGGGAAGCACGGGCAAGGCUCACAGGGGGUAGGGAAGAGUUCAGAGGGGUGUUCCAGCCAGUGCUGUUCAGGCAUAAAUUGUUGCUGAUAGAAGCGCCUCUGGCAAUUGGUUGUCUCUGCCGGUCUAGUUGAGAAAGGGCUGGUGAGCGCCAUUUGCAAAGCAUCCAAGGGGCCCCCUUUGAGCUGUCAGCAAGGGCUGCAGCAUCUCUCAGCACUGUAGGUGUUUGCCUGUCACACCUGACUCAAGGAUGCCAUCACAUCCUGGCUAAUGUUAUGGUUCUGCUCCCUAACCUCUUGCUUCAAGGCCUUGAAUGCACUUCUGUUACCCCUUGCGCAUUAAUCAGACUCCAUUUUCAUUCUGAAAAUCCAAGUGCUGUAAAUAUGACUCUUAUUUUAUACAUUUAUUUAAUAAGCUGGAUUUUUUCCAGCCUUCUCUUUUUUGAUUCUAAGAAUGGAGUUACAGAACCUUUUGCCAUUUUGGGUAGAAUACUGUCUGAAAAGCACCUGGAUUUAGAUGCUUCCAAAUUUAGAUGCUUCCAAACUCUUGAUUAAUCUAACCUUUGCUUUUAAAAAGGAAGAGAGGUGAGCAGAAAACUGGAGGAAGUAUGAAAGAAAUUUCACAUUAACCAUUUUCUGACCAAUAUCUGGUCAGAAAACAAGUAAGACAAGUUCUUUCAUUGCUGGGGAGAAAUGCCUUAAUGUCCUGCUAACAUCUAUGUUGUUUUUAAGAUUUGACUGAAUUACUUAAUAAAAGUUAUUUCUUCCAGUGCA